UGUGUGUGUGUGUGUGUGUGUGUGUGUGUGUGUGUGUGUGUGUGUGUGUGUGUGUGUGUGUGUGUGUGUGUGUGAUUUAGGACAGUAAAUGUACAUUCAAGCCUGAGGGGGAAAAAAACACGAUGACUGUAGCAGAAAACCACACGAGGGCAGUAUAAAGCUGCUUUUAAAUGAUUUCUUUCUCUCCCCCCUUCUCUUCUCCCCUCCCCCUCUCCAUAGUGGGGGUGUGUGUAUUGAUGGAUCAGGAUGUCAACCAAUAACAACAUCGCGCAGGCCAGGAAACUGGUGGAACAACUGAGGAUCGAGGCAGGGAUCGAACGUAUUAAGGUGUCUAAGGCAGCGGCAGACCUGAUGAGUUACUGUGAGCAGCACGCCCGUAACGACCCGCUCCUCGUUGGCAUCCCAACGUCAGAAAACCCUUUCAAAGACAAGAAACCCUGCAUCAUCCUAUAGCUGCACACUCAUCUCUGCACAUCAGACACACACACACCUCUGCCCACACACACACUCCCACUGGCUGACUCUGCAACAGCCAACAAGGCCCAGCUCUGUCAAGCUAUACAUACAACACACACACACACACACACACACACACACACACACACACACACACACACAGAGAAACGAAAUAGCCACUCUGGAAAAGCGCCAUACUCAAUAGCCACAGCUAGGGGGCGGUGUCUGUGUUUACAGACCACGUUGCCACAUUAGUGAUAUUAGCCCUGAGUUGUGUCUCUGUGGUGCUGAGGGUAAGCCUGCACUAACAUGCAGCCCUACCUGAUACUGGUUACUGACUUACCCACAGAGAUAGUGACACUCAAGUGGAGAUGGUAGAUUUACUUCAAAAAGGGAUUAGGACAAUUAUCUUAAUAGGAAUCCACAGUCGCCUACAUGAAGUUAUAGGCUGAUGUAUAGCAUGUAUUUUAGUGAAUCAAUGAUUUAUUGAUUCAUUGAUUAAUCGAUUGAUUGAUAGCAGUAUCUGGUGAGGUGGCGGUUUAUGUGUGACCAAUCUGGUGUAAAACCUGGGUCGUUCGUGUGAUACAAGCUGUGUUAGCCCUCUCAGCUAAAGCCUAGCCAUUAGCCGUGGAAGUUAAUAUAAGUCUUCAGGUCUCAGGCAUGGUUACCCAUCACUAAAGCACCGUGGCUAUACGCGGUGUGUUUGUUAGCCAUAUAGUGGCUGACUUGCCACUGACUUGCUAAGUAUCACAAUGGGGAUGGCCCCUUCCUGAAACCUUGGGUCAACGGUAAUGUCAGUGUUUCCACAAGACAUUGUGUUUUUGUGAACAUGGCAGUGUAAACACUGAGCAGGUUGGUACAUGCUGCAUAUGUACCCACUGUGUUUAAACCCGGAUCAUCUGCAAUGCCACAAGACUGCGUUAGCCCACUGAGCUAAAGCAUAGGCCACAUACACUCCCACUCUAGCGACGGUUAUCGAUCAACAGUGUUACUGCUUUGGUUUUGAUUUCUUAGUCAGUGGGUUUUCUAUCGGCCAAAACUCCAGCUGUGUCAACUUGUGGAGUAAGUUGCCCCUAUAUAUCUAAGAUCAGUCUUGUGUUUUCCCUCUAAUGGUAAAGGUUAGGAUUUAGAGAGGGUAAUCUGAUGCUAGAUCUGUCUAAAAGGCUGCGUUUACAUAGGCAGCCUAAUUCAGAUCUUUGUCCACUAAUUGGUCUUUUGGCCAAUCAGAUCAGCUCUUUUUCCCAAUAAUUGGCCAAAAGUUCAGAAUUUAGCUGCCUGUGUAAACGCAGCCUAAUGAAACUUCUAUCUUGAGUACUGACGAGUACUGAGAGGCUAACUGUUCACGUUUUUAACCCCAGAAGUAUAUAUAUAUAUGUUUUUUAAUUACUUAUCGUUUCAAUAUUUUGUGAAUUUAUUGCCAUACAGUUAGCAGAUACUGUAGGUUUCCAUUCACUCCUUAACUUACACUUGAGGCAAAAGUUUACCUUAACCACAGAUCUAGGAUCAGAUUAUCAUCCCCAAUCUUAACUUGAACCAUAAGGGGGGUGUACAAAUAUCUGAUCCUAUAUCAGUGGUUAGAUACAUCACUAGUUCUGACAAUGAGAGCAAGCAUCAAUUCAUGGGCUUUGCUUAUUGGCUCAUCGUGUGUUCUAUUGAGGAACAAGAGCGAAUUACAAAGUGGUGUCCCGUGUCCCCACCUCCACAGUCCUAUUCCUCUACUCCCAAACCAAACUUGAUUGUAAAAAAUGUAAAAGACACUAGAGAAAAUAAAAACAAAAGUGUAUAAACUUUCUUAAAGCCAUGUACAGAAGUGAUACGUUUUGAGAGUAGCUGUAUUGGGGUUUGGUUUGAGUUUCUUUCUAAAUGGAAGCAGGUCAGUCGAGUAUUAUUAUCGAACUGUACAGUGUUUGUAAGAUAAAACUUAGGCCAGAAAUCAAUCAAAGUGCAUCAAACUUUUUCCA